AUGUCUUCGUCAGCACAGGUCAUAGAUGCGUGAGUGCCGAGUGCUACUUUGACUGCAAUCUCGCUGUCUGGUCUGGGUCACUGACGUCUGCCAAAUGAUGCUCGCACUUGUGCGGAACAGGCUGUUCGAGAGGACAGUGGAUAUCGUCCAGAGUCUACCAAAGACAGGUCCGAUCCAAACGAGCUAUGAGGAGAAAUUGGCUCUUUACAGGUGAGGACUGCGUCCUCGUUCAUAGCAAGCAGCUCGUUUGCUCACCUUCGUUUGCUCACCUUCAAAAUCGCACACGCCGUGUCUCUGCGGCCAGUCUGUACAAGCAAGGUGAGCCGGACGUUUUCGACAUCCAUAGGGGCUUUGGCUUAGCAGAACUGACGGCCGAUCCCCUGUACUGCAGCAACGGAGGGCAAUGUCACGUCUCGUAGGCCUGGAAUGCUCGAUAUGCUGGGAAGGGCAAAGUGGUGCGUGCACAGAGCGUUUCACCUCGAUUGCAAUCCUCAAUUAUGCGUAUCAAUACGUCUCUCCGCAUGGUGCAGGGAUGCCUGGGCAGGUCGCAAAGGUCUCAGUAGCAUGGACGCAAAGCAGCUCUAUGUAGAAAGCAUGCUACGAGUGAGUACAGCGUGUCUGCGUGCUUCAGCGAGCUUCCGGCAAAACGACAGCUCGAAGGCAAAAGCUCACAUAAGAUUGCGCUUGCAAACAGACUUUGCGGAAGUUCAGCGACCGGCCCAUGGCGAUCGCUUUGAUUGAAGAGCUGGAAAGCUUUUCUGGCGAUGUGGCAGAUCGGGUCAUGAGUGGUGAGCGUACAGCUCCUCGAGCGAAGAAUUGUCUGAAGAAGCACGGCUGACCCGACCAAUGAUGUGCGCGCAGCUUCGCUUGCUCAAGCGGAUUCGGACACAGAUUCGGAUACUCGCCCGCCCUCCCCUGGAGGGCCAGCUCAAGCCUUGCAUGACUCAGAGUCGGAGAGGGACGCAGUCCCUCAGCUGCCGCCCUCUGCUUUGGCAUCGGCUUCAGUAUCUCGGCCGACGUCAGCACAGGCGACGAGAGGUCGAGGAGCAGCCUGGGCUGGGAGACAGAGCGCUGGACCUUCUGCCAGUCAACAGGCGCCGCAGCGCAGAGGGUUUGGAUCCGCAGCCCCUGCACCCAGUGCUCAAAUAAGUGACUCCGAGACGGAAUCGGAUGGAGACACGGUAGAGAGGUACGAAAGGAGACAGGCAGAGUUGGAGAGUGCAGCUGCAGCUGCAGCUGCUGCGAGGGGUCAGGGCGGCAGGCGAGGGCCGCCAGGUGGGCAAAGCCAUGGACCAUCGGCAGCGCAUUCGAGAGGAUAUGCGACACCGCAAUCUUGGUCUCGAGGGCCUGGUAGUCUGAGCGGACACGGGGAUCAAAGGUUGUAUGCGCCUCCAGGUGGCGCGCGAAUGCCGCCUAGUGAGUCUGCUACAGGCUUUGGAGGAGGUGCGGGCGCUUCUCUCUACUCGACUGCAGCACCCUCUAGGGCUCCGCCUGGACUCGGGGGAGCCCAUGGACCUGGACCAGGUGGGGCCCCUCCCAGCGAACAGCAUUACUAUCAUCAUUCGGGAAGUGUCAGACCAUAUGCUCCUUCGUCGGUGGGUGGACGGUCGGGCGGAAGACCGAUGCCACAGCAAGCAAGGGGCGCGCCGUCAGGCGGAGGAGACGUGGAGCAGGCGCUGCAGUCCAUCCAAAACAGUCUGACCGCACUGCACGAAAGACUGAACCGGGUCGAGACGGAUCGAGGCAGAUCGGGCUUGAUGGGCAUCUUCUUUGGAGGUAGUGCCGGAGCGGCGGGAGGAGCAUCUGGCGGGAGAAAUAGUCGAGGAGGAGCUUUGAGAGCGGCUUAUGGAGCUUUCGCGGAUGCUCUGCACGAUAUUGCCAUUCUGGUAGGCCUAUCCUCUGCGGUACGGGGCAACGCUGCGCCACCCUCUUAUGCUCUCGCAUCUGGCUCGCGAGCAGGCAGAACAGCACCAGGAUCAGCUAGCGGACGUUCGAUCGGAGGGUCUGGUAGAUCUCCAAGCGGAGCACCUUUGAGGCUGGCCAUUGCAGUGCUCAAUCUCAGCGUUCGACUGGCGUUGGACUUGACUAGCUUAGCCCUGCUUGCCAGUCUUGUCUUGCUGCUGAUCCAAAGAAUUACAGGCAGAGGAGAUCCCCUCCUGUUGCUCAGAAUUGCUAGGCGCUGGAGACCUAGACGCCUUCUCAACGCUCCCGCAUCCAAUCGCGGCUUGCAGAACGACGCGCAGAAAGCUUCGACAGUGCAGGCAUAA